AUGCUCAAUUAUGGAGUUUCAUUUGAAAAAUUUGAUGAAUCUCUUCAGGAUAUGCAAAUUGUAAAAGAAUCAUUGAUUAAUAUGAGAUUAAAUCCAGCUUCCUUUUCAUUUAUCAAAUUGGAAUUGAGAAAAGAUAGAGAAUUAACCAAGAUGGCUCUAGAAAUUAAUCCACAUUUAUUCAGAUACAUUUAUUUUGAAUUCAAAUCUGAUUUAGAAAUGGCUCUAUUGGCCAUUAGAAAACUGCCACACAAUCUUCAAUUUAUGACUGCAGCUUUCAAAAAGAAUCCAGAAAUUGUAAUACCAGCACUUGAGUUGGAUCCUCUCACCCUCCAAUAUGUUGAUCCUGCCAUUGAAAAUUAUCAGGAAAUUGUAAUGAAUUGUGUGAAAAGAGAUCCCUCAACAUUUCGCUUUGUCAAGGAACAAGCUACAUUCCUACCUCAAAUUCUUUCAAUUGUACCAAAGUGUAUCCGCUAUAUUCCUAGAACCGAAAGAUUGAAAUAUUUGGAAUUAACUUUACGGUAUGAUGUCUCAGUGAGUACAUGUUAUGAAUAUUAUGAAGUUGCACCCUUUUUUUCAAAGUAUCCUGAGAUUCUUCUUUACAUUCACUAUAUUCAUGAGGAUUAUAUUGGGGAUGAUCUAUUCGAAUUCGUUUGUAAAAGAGGAGAUUUAAUAAUUACACACACUACAAAAUUGAUGAAUAGAGAGCGCAUGUUGAAAAUAUUCCAGGAUUAUUCAAUCAGUGAUUUACAGACACGCCCGCCCAUUAAAAGAUAA